CACGUGACCUAACCUUUUCCAGGAACAGGGGAGUGCUCCCUGACUCAAUUCUUAUCUUGGAUGAAUGAAGAGUAAAAGAGGACCUGAGCUUGAAUGGUGAAAUUAGUAGACGGAGGACCAAGGACACGGAGUAGCAUUUUGGAACAGAAGAAACAGUCAAACAGAACAUUCAACAAAUGCUGGCGUUUUCUUCCAAUGCUUUCCAUAUAUCAAUGUUCUUUGGCCCCUUCAGGUUAUAGGCUAUUAAAGUUCUCAGAUAGUAGCAUCAAAUCCCUCCUUAGAGUUUGCAAGACCGUUGGGCAUCUAAACCAAGUCCAUGUGCAAAUCAUCAGCAAAGGAUUAGAGCAAGAUCAUUAUGUCAUUGCAAAGUUCAUUUCCCUCUCCAAUUCCCUUUCUCCUCUCAAUUAUUCAGUUAGUGUUUUUGAUCGUGUUAUCAGACCUGACACCUUGCUUUGGAACUGUCUCAUUAGAGGGUACUGCCAAAAGAACUCCUUUGUGGAUGUUCUUGAUGCUUUUUUACGCAUGAAGAGAGCGGAUUGUCUUUCUGAUAGCUACACAUUCCCAUAUGUGAUUAAAGCAUGUUCUAACUUAUGCAUUGUGCGGGAAGCAAAAUCAAUUCAUGGAUUAACUGUGAGGUGUGGGUUUGAACAGUGUGUGUUUGUAGGUACGAGUUUGAUUGACAUGUAUGGGAAAUGCAGGAAGACUAGUGAUGCUCGCAAGGUAUUUGAUGAGAUGACGGAGAGAAAUGUUGUUUCUUGGACAGCUAUGGUGGUUGGGUAUGUAGCUGUUGGAAAUGUUGUGGAGGCAAAGAGGUUGUUUGAUGUAAUGCCACAGAAAAAUGUCGCUUCAUGGAAUGCAAUGAUUCAAGGGUUUGUAAAAAUGGGAGAUUUGGGCAGUGCUAGAGGUGUAUUUGACUCCAUGCCUGAAAAGAAUGUAAUUUCCUUUACGACUAUGAUUGAUGCCUAUGCAAGAAGUGGUGAUAUGGUGUCCGCUAGGUUAUUGUUUGAUCAAUCCUCAGAUAAAGAUCUUGUUGCUUGGUCUGUAUUGAUAUCAGGGUAUGUCCAGAAUGGUCAGCCUAAUGCAGCAUUGCUAAUUUUUCUAGAGAUGGAGUCUUUGAAUGUUAAGCCUGAUGAGUUUAUAUUGGUCAGCUUGAUGUCUGCUUGUUCCCAGUUGGGGUGUAUAGAACUCACACAGUGGGUUGAUUCUUAUGUAAGCAAGAGCUUUAUUGAUCUUCAACAAAAUCAUGUGAUGGCAGCUCUUAUGGAUAUGAAUGCAAAGAGUGGAAACUUGGAGAGGGCACUAAAACUGUUUGAAAAAAUGCCUAAAAGAGAUGUAAUUUCAUAUUGUUCAAUGAUACAGGGGUUGUCAAUUCAUGGGCAUGGAGUUGAAGCUAUAAACCUCUUCAAUAAGAUGCUGACAGAAGGACUAGUUCCUGAUGAAGUGGCCUUCACAAUUAUCCUGACAGCUUGUAGUCAUUCUGGACUAGUUGAUGAAGGUUGGAACUAUUUUAAUUCCAUGAAGCAUAAAUUCUGCAUUAGUCCUUCUCCUGAUCACUAUGCAUGUAUGGUUGAUCUUCUUAGCCGAUCAGGGUAUACAAGGGCUGCCUACGAACUUAUAAAAUCAUUGCCUAUAGAACCUCUUGCUGGUGCUUGGAGUGCACUUCUUGGGGCUUGCAAGCUAUAUAGCGAUCCAGACUUAGCAGAGAUUGUUGCUAAUCGACUAUUUGAGCUUGAGCCUCAAAAAGCUGCUAAUUACGUGCUAUUGUCUAAUAUCUAUGCUGCUGCAGAGCGAUGGAUUGAUGUUUCCACUGUGAGGAAUAAGAUGAGGGAAAGGGGUAUGAGAAAGAUACCUGGCUACAGUCAGAUUUAGUCCAGAGCUGAAGUUGUGUUACACACAUGUAUUUUAUUGAAAUUGUUAGCUUCCUGAGGUUCAAACCAGACAAAGAAGUGAUGCAUUAGAACGAAGCUGGAUAACGUGUGUGAGCCGAACUCAACUUAAGCAGAGACUAUGGUUUUGUGGUCAUAUCCACCUACAGCACGGCAGCUAGUUAUAACUGUCAGUGCA